AUGCGCUUCUCGUCCCUCCGCCGACUGCAGUGGGGGCCGGCGGCUCUCAACGGCACGGCAGUCGCACCCCGGCGGAAGCGGCAGUUCGUCAUGCGUGAAGGAAACAAUAGAGCCACGCCUCAACAUCACAGCAGAAAUAAUAAUAAUAAUAAUAAUAAUAAUAAUGGCACCGUUACUUCCCCACCCGCUGGUGUGGCCCGUGGUCUCUCACAGCGUGAACACUACCGCGCCCUCCGAGAAGCACACCAACAACAACAACAACAACAACAAGGAGAAGAAGAAGGUAAUAAAAAUAAUAAUAAUAAUAAUAAUAAUAAUAAUAGUGGGAAGUCGGUGCCCGGCGAGUGGCUCGCUCCCCUCCCCCGCCGCCCAGCGCCGAUUGACGCGGACGGUUACGACGCCGCACCGCCCACCGCCGACGAGCGCCGCGCGUGGCUGCAGGCCGCACUCGAACGGAAUGCCGCGUCGGUGGUGGAGUUCACACCGGGCGGCGAGAAGGACAUCGACACCGGCGGCCGCACACCCGCAGACUUUCACGCCAACGCGAGUUGCACGACGAUUCCAACAGACUCGGUGCUCUACAAUGCCGUCCUCGCCGGUGCUGAGCUGGAUUCACGACGACGUAAUAACUCUUGGACAGUGGCACGAAAGCGGCAACAAGGUGUGUGUGAGUUUGCAGCAACAAGUUCUGUAGAAGGGAAAACUACGGUGGAAAAGGAUACUGCUAAAAGUGAUAAUGAUAAUAAUGAUGAAAAUGGUAGUGGAAAUCUUGAACAUGUUAUAGAUGAAAGAAGACGUCGACAACGGGAGGAUGAAGGUUCAUACACAGAUGUAUUUGAAGGGGAUUUAUUGGAACCUAACUAUGAAAGUAUAGGCUAUUCAAGAUCAACUUAUGGAAUGCGAAAGUUAUUCUUAUCAGGUCUUACAGGAUAUCAAGGUAUGAUUACAAGGGAAGAAGAAGCACGUAUAUGUGAUGAAUUACUUCAUCUUUUGCAAGAUCGUCGUGCUGCUUAUGUAGCAGAAGAAACUAGAUAUUGCGUUAAUCUUUAUGAAAAAGAACUUGGUAUACCUGGUAAAGAUACUUUAGCUUUUGCUAUGAAUCGUGCCCCAACUCUUCAACUUGUAUUAGCGAGAUUUUUCCAUCUUGGUCUUAUUCCAUCUCCACCUAAUGUCUGUCAAGUGAGUGAAAUGAUAGGUAAUUUCUCUGGAUACCCAGUACAUAAAAAACCACCUACUAUAGGUCCUUAUGUGGGUAUUUUAAAUCUUGUCUCUACUACCGUAAUGCAUUUUCAACACUUAAAUUGUCCAUGGUUCCCGAGAAUACAUAUGAAUCCACGUUCUCUCUUUAUUGUAGAACAGCCUUGUCUUGGUGAAUAUAAAAUGGGAUACAAGAGGACAGAACAACCUUUUCAUGCCUUUGAAUAUGCUACACGUGUGUCAAAGGAUUAUCGAAUAGAAGUACUAUUUGCAACAGUGGAAGUGGAACAAACACGUUAUCUUCGUGAUGCUGUUGGACUCACUGAGUAUGCAGAAAAAAGAGAACAAGAGAAGAUGGGUAAAGAACAGUUGGCACUUCCAAAAAUGCCACAAUCCUCAUCUAUUGAAACAGGUGAUGAAGUAUCAUUAUUUUCUGGUUCCACUGAUAAGUGGUUAGAACGAUUAAAUAAUCAACUUCAUGCCUCUGAAGAGGUUACUGGUAAUACCCCUAAAAAGGGAACUAUGAUUGAUGGAAAUGCUCUUCGAGAGAAACUAUUAGCCUCUGGUUGUAUUGGAACUAAAUCCCGUCCUCUUGAGACAUCAUCAUUAUCAUCAUUAGAUGGAGAAACACCAGAUUCUAACACUGAAGAAAAAAAUACUCAACCGUCCGAAAAAAUGAGUCCGGCACAACGUCGAAUGGCAGCAUUAAAGGCACGCUAUGCAUUUGCUAAGCGACUGAAGGAGGAAACCCGUCCACAAGUAUCAUCUGGAGGUGUUCAUUUAAUUCAAGGACAUUCACCACGGAAACAAACACGACUUUAG